UUAGUACUAGUAGUAAAGUAGUAGUGGUAGUUUAGUACUAGAAGUAAAGUAGUAAUGGUAGUUUAGUACUAGUAGUAAAGUAGUAGUGGUAGUUUAGUACUAGAAGUAAAGUAGUAAUGGUAGUUUAGUACUAAUAGUAAAGUAACCUUUCUGUAUAUUAUUCAUCGGUGUUUUGCGUUACAUGAACAUUAUUAACAGAUACGUACGUCAGGUGCACUAACACAUUUUUGCUCCACAGAGAUGCAGCGAUGCAGCUGGUGAAUGCUACAAGGAUUCUCGCAGUCGCCCAGGAGUCGGCAGAGUUUUGUUCUAGGUCUCCAGAGUACAGCGCCCCCUACCCCUGCAGUGUCCUUGUGUCCUGGACCUUCGAUGGUGGUGACAGUCUGAAAAAGGACGAGUUGGAGCUCUUCGCCAAGACCAUGUGUCACCACGUCUGGAAUGUCCACAAGAAGGGCAAGACUGAGGGUGAAGGGAAUGAGAGGUAUCAGCUGGUGGAGGAGGAGCAAGGCCACACCUGCACCCUGGAGUUCACCCUGCGCCCCAAGCCCCACCCACACCUGCUGCUCCACUGGGUGACGCUGGACAGGCCUGCAGAGGGGAAGGAGAAGGCCAGGGAGGAGGUCGAAGGGGAGACCGCCCAUGACAAGAUGCAACGUUUCACUGUGAUGUACUCGAGAGGUUGACUUGUAAUCUCCAUCUUGCUCAAUUAGCCCAGGACUCAUAACUACGACAAUAUGGCAACUGUAGUGUGCUAUAUAUAUACUCAAAAUGACCAUGUGCCAAGUGUAUUUCGUUUUCAGAUGCAACGUUUCACUGUGAUGUACUCGAGAGGUUGGCUUGUAAUCUCCAUCUUGCUCAAUUAGCCCAGGACUCAUAACUACGACAAUAUGGCAACUGUAGUGCGCUAUAUAUAUACUCAAAAUUACCACGUGCCAAGUGUACUUAAGUUUUUAGAUCCAACGUUUCACUGUGAUGUACUCGAGAGGUUGACUUGUAAUCUCCAUCUUGCUCAGUUAGCCUAGAACUCAUAAUGCUGCCAUGGAUGCUGAGAAAAGCCUCCUUGAAUUCUAAGUAACUUUUAAGGAGAGCAAAGAGUGGGAUUAAUAGGAUUCUCGCACUAGGCAGUAAGGUAAUAGUGUAGUGUUAAGUCAUAAGGUUGGAACUGCACUGGGCUAAUGUUAGAAGGAUUGGGAAGAACAGAGAGGAGAAAGGGAUUGGGAAGGAGUGAGAGAGGAAGGUUGAAACUGUACUGGACUAAAUGUUAUGAGAAGGAUUGGGAAAGAAUAGAGAUAAUAAAGAGAUUGGGAAAGGAGUGAGAGAGGAAGGUUGAAACUGUACUGGGCUAAUGUUAGAAGAAGGAUUGGGAAGAGGAGAGAGGAGAAAGGGAUUAGGGAAGGAUUGAGAGGAAGAUUGAAACUACUGGGGCAAAUGGUAUGAGGAGGAGAAGGAUUGGGAAAGAAUAAAGAGGAGAAAGAGAUUGGGAAAGGAGUGAGAGAGGAAGGUUGAAACUGCACUGGGUUAAAUGUUAUGAGAAGAGGGAUCAGGGAAAAGGAGAGGGAAGAAGAAAGGGAUUGGGGAAGGAGUGAGAAGGGAAGGUUGAAACUGCACUGGGCUAAAUGUUAUGAAAAGAAGGAUCAGGGAAGAGGAGAGGGAAGAAGAAAGGGGUUGGGGAAGGAGUGAGAAGGGAAGGUUGAAACUGCACUGGGCUAAAUGUUAUGAAAAGAAGGAUCAGGAAAGAGGAGAGGGAAGAAGAAAGGGGUUGGGGAAGGAGUGAGAAGGGAAGGUUGAAACUGUAUUGGGCUAAAUAUUAUAAGGAGAAGGAUCAUGAAAGAAGAGAGAAGAAAGUGCUAUGGUUGUAGUUAUGUAUAAUUAGGAAAUAGGGAACAGUUUUGGAAGAAGCUGCAUAGAAGGGAGGGAAUAAGAGAAGUGCAAUAGUGUGUAGAUGUUGGAGACUUGCUGUGGCCAGUCAGUUGAAGGUGCUGUGAGGUAUGAUGGAGAUAGGUUGAGUCUUGUACAAACCCAAGUGUCCUUGCCAGAAUAAGGCUUCAUUCCUUCAUUUGCAAGCAUGUUUAGUGUUAUUUAGUGCAAGGAGAGCUGGAGCAGGGCCUGAGUACAAAUAUAUUCUCAUCUGCAACUUGUUACGGGUAUGAAUUACAGUUUAGUUUUUGUCAUCUCAGUUUUUAGAUGGUACAAAGCAAUGUUACACCAAGUGAUAAGUAUCCUUAAAGAUAUAAAUAUAAGAACAUUUAAGUUGUCAUACUUUAUUUUCAAUAAAUACAUAAAAAAAUA